AUGAGCUCAGGAGGAACUCGCGUGUAUGUGGGCGGUCUCGUGGAGGGUAUAAAAAAAGAAGACUUAGAACGAGAAUUCGAUAAAUAUGGCAAACUGAACUCCGUGUGGGUCGCUCUUAACCCCCCAGGCUUUGCUUUCAUUGAAUUCGAAAACAUGCAAGAGGCUGAGGAUGCUUGUAGCGCGAUGAAUGGUUUCGAAAUGUUAGGUGCGACAUUAAAAGUUGAGUUAUCGAGAAAAAGGGACGGCCCUCGCCGCGGCGGCGGUAACUUCCGAGGUGGUCGCGGGGGUAACUUCAGAGGGCGUUCCUUUGGGGGUUCUCCAGGCGGUAGGUCGUUCGGGGGCGGUCGACCUUUCAACCGCAACAGCCAAGGCAACGGUUACGGGUCAGGCAACGGCGGUGGAAAUUUCAGAUCUAGGUCACCACUCUCUCGAUUUUAA